AUGUCAAAUAGGCAUCUUUUCAAUUCAGCCGACGGUCUCGUCAACAAGGCUCUGAGAGGCAUCAUCACUUAUAACCCAUCUCUGAGUUUAGAUGAAACUAACAGAGUGGUAUACGACACUACCUAUGACAAGGCCAAGGUGGUCCUUAUCAGUGGAGGCGGUUCCGGACACGAACCAGCAUGGACCGGCUAUGUAGGCAAGAACAUGCUCACAGCUUCUGUUCAAGGAGACAUCUUUGCCAGCCCCAGCACGAAACAAAUCGUUGCAGCAGUUGACGCUGUUCCCAGUGACACAGGCACCAUUCUAGUCAUUACAAACUACACUGGUGAUUGCUUGCAUUUUGGACUGGCCAACGAAAAAGCCAAUGCCAAGGGCCACAACUGCCGAACCAUUAUUUGCGGUGACGAUGUUUCUGUUGGCAAAAACGGAAGCAUGGUUGGCCGCAGAGGCUUGGCCGGCCAGAUCGGCGUCCUCAAGGUCAUGGGUGGCGCUGCUGGGGCUGGAGGUUCUCUUGAUGAAGUUUACAACCUUGGCGUGGCAUUUUCGCAGCAGAUUGUGUCGAUUGCAGCAACCUUGGACCACUGCCAUGUUCCCGGUCGUACAGAGCACGGCAUGCUGCAGGAGAACGAGGUUGAGCUCGGCACAGGCCCUCACAACGAACCCGGCUAUAAGAAGCUAUCACCCGCGCCAUCAGCGUCCGAACUUGUCGGACAAAUCCUACGGCACUGUCUAGAUGAAAAGGAUCCUGAGCGCGGUUACGUUAACUUUGCCCCUGGAGAUGAAGUCGUGCUGCUCGUCAGCAACUUUGGCGGCAUGUCCCAUUUGGAGAUGGGUGCACUGGUGGACGAGCUCUUGGAGCAGUUGUCAAGAGAUUGGAAGAUUGAGCCUGUUCGGAUAUGCGCCGGGUUUCUCGAAACAUCUCUCAACGCCCCUGCAUUUUCCGUAUCCUUCAUCAACGUCACGGCGGCAGCAAAGAACUGCAGCUACUCUGUCGAAGAGAUCAAGUCCUUCUUUGACGUCAGGACAACUACGUUCUGGGAAUCCAUGGCUGGGUCACAAGCUCAACGACGCACUCGGCAGCAACAACUCGUCCAGCCGCCAAAGGAGGAGAUCAAGACGGUCGAUGAGCGAAGGGACUUGGCCAUCAAUCCCGUUCUUCUAGAAAGCAUGCUUCGAAACGCCUGUGAAGCUCUGAUCAAGGCCGAGCCCGACCUGACCAAGUGGGAUACCGUAAUGGGCGACGGAGACUGUGGAGAGACGCUCAAGACCGGUGCCACAUCCCUUCUCACGGCACUCGACUCUGGAUUGGCCAAGGCCGGAUCAGUCGUCAAGGUUCUCCUAGAGCUCGAAGACAUCGUGGAGAGCAAGAUGGGCGGUACUUUGGGCGGCAUCCUGGGCAUCUUCUUCGUCUCCUUGCGCGCAGCUGUUGAGAAGAACAUUGGCCUGGCCCAGAACCCAGUCGCACUCUGGGGCGCCGCUCUUGGAACUGCUCUCGAAAACCUCCGCCGAUACACCCCAGCCAAGGUUGGAGAUCGUACCGUCAUGGAUACCCUCAUCCCCUUUGCUGCGGUCAUGGGAGAGUCUGGCUUCAAUAGCGGCGUCAAGGCGGCUGAGGAUGGGGCAGACGCCACCAAGACGAUGAGGCCUAGAUUGGGUAGAGCAACCUAUGUCGGCGUGUCGAACGAGAGCAAGGAGCUGCCACCUGAUCCAGGUGCUUGGGGAGCUAUGGUAGCCAUUCGCGGUUUGCAGGAAGGACUGGUUGUAGCAACUUAG